AUGUCUGAUAUUGAAAUAUUAGAAGAUGUUGAGCCUACUCCAGCGAAACACAAGCUUCAAAAUACAAGGUUACAAAGAAAAAGAAAGAGAACAUCGUCAGGACUUAUUGAAAAAUGUGGAACCAUGAAAACCGAGUUUGAGGAAUUCGUAAUCGAUCGCACAAUCACUCAACAGAGGAAACUUGUUCUUAAAGAUGUGGAAAAUAGCGCAGGGACUGAAAGCGUGAGCAAUUGGAGGAUAGCACUGGAGAACUCACUUCUUGGCACAACUCAGAAUCCAGUUGCUUUCAAAACACCAGCAACCAUCCGAUUCCAAAAAAAAUGUUUCAAUUGUGAUGGUGAACACGUUUUACAAGAUUGCCCGAGUCCAAGAGACUUUCGAAGAAUUUCAAUGAAAAAGAGAGAGUCUGCAGAUAUGAACACACCACGCCGCAAGUUCAUAGUAUCAAAUAGUGUCGGUCUUUCGAAGCACAAAGCUAACAGCUUUAAACCAGGAGAGAUGAGUGAAACACUUAGAACAGCUCUUGGUCUUGACAUCAAUGAGAUUCCGGUACACGUGUAUCGCAUGCGUCGUCUUGGAUUAAUAGAUGGCUACCCACCCGGGUGGUUGAGAAAAGCUGUCAAAAAGACGGACGUCUUAAAGUUCUACACAGCCGAUAACACGGACAACAGCAAAGACACAUCGGCUGCUUCUCCUGAACUGGACAUGUCUAAAAUCGCAUGGUAUCCCGGGUUCAAUGAAGUUGACUCAAACCUUGUAGAUCAUGAGUCGUUCAAAGUUCCACCAACUGACGUUUUCCACUCCGUCUUCCAAGAAAAACUGACAGAAAUGUUCAAAAAGCAACGGAAAGCGAUGAAGCGCAGCAAAAGCAAAAAUGAGAAACGGCAGUCUUCUAGGCAUACAAAGUUCACUGAAAAUGAUGAAGAAGAUGAUGUUGUCAUAGUAGAAAAUGGAGAAGGAGAAACUGACUCGACAAAGCUAAAGUUUAAAACACCAGGAGAGGAUGGUGUCGUUGUGAUGUUAAAGGGGAGUGAUCGCGUUGGGGAUAUCGAUUCUGAGCCGUUACCAAAGAAAGACGUAGAAGUAGGAGAAUCCUUAUUCUCAACAAUCGGGAUCCCUGUUUUCGAAAAGCUAACCACUUUGGCUCCUCUAGAAGCGUUUGCUGUCGGAAUUCAACCAUUUGCAAGUGGUACAGAAGACGUUGAAAGCAAAGGAAUAUUUCACAAACUUAUGAAAAAGCUGAAUGACGCUCGCACUCAAAACCUGAAACCGGAGUCACAAAGCAAUGAGAAAUAUGAGAAAUUGUCUGGAAGUGGUUCUGCAAAUGAUGAAAAGCUAUCACCGAUUAAACCGAAGAAAAAUAAGUCCAAGAAAAAGAAGAAGAGGAGAAAAACAGAAGAUCCGGAUCUCGAGAUCCUUUAA